UUAACCUACACAACCAAAAACCACACACCCUUUCUUGUUUCUCCCUCUUUCAAGAUUAGGGUUUUCGUCUUCAAGAAAACACCAUGAGCGAUCAGAGGCAAACAGGGAAGGUGAAAUGGUUUAGUGACCAAAAGGGGUUUGGUUUCAUAACCCCUGAUGAUGGCGGUGAUGAUCUAUUUGUUCACCAAUCUUCCAUCAAAUCUGAAGGGUAUCGCAGCCUUGGAGACGGCGAAGAGGUUGAGUUUGAGAUUGAAAACUCUGACGAUGGCCGUACUAAGGCUGCUAAUGUCACUGCUCCUGGUGGAAACCCAGUUCAGGGCAUCCGAUCCAGUGGUGGAUAUGGUGGUGGUGGUGGUGGGUAUGGAGGCGGAGGCGGCGGCCGGGGAGGACGAGGUGGAGGCUACGGAGGUAGUGGAGGAUAUGGAGGUGGUAGCGGCGGGUAUGGGGGUGGAGGUUAUGGCGGCGGUCGGAGAGGAGGUGGUGGUGGAGGAUACGGAGGGAGUGGUGGUGGUGGUGGUGGGUAUGGCGGAGGAGGCGGUGGAGGUUGUUAUAGUUGCGGGGAGUCGGGGCAUAUGGCCAGGGACUGUCCACAAGGUGGCGGUGGCGGUGGAGGUGGUGGAAGGUAUGGUGGUGGAAGCGGCGGUGGAGGAGGUGGAGGAGGGUGUUACAACUGCGGCGGUACUGGCCAUUUUGCCAGGGAGUGUCCUAAUAGUGGACGUUGAUUUUAGGGUAUGGAGUGGAAAUAGUAAAAAGGAGACUUGAUUUUUAUCAAGUCUUCCUCUUUACUGAUUUAUUUCCACCUCUUUUACCUUUGCUUUUGCAUUUAGUGGUGUUGUCUUUUAGGUGGUCUUUUCUCGGUGACUCAUUCUAGUGUUUGGGCUUAAUGGGUUCCUUGCUCUAUCCAAGUGUCUUGAUGUUGUUUUAAGGUUUUUAAUGGUGGUGAUUGUCUGUCUGUUUGGUUUCAAGUUGCUAGAAGGUUUCAAAUCGGUAUGAUGGUGAUAGGUCUUAAGUAGUAGGGGGCAGUAGAGAGGGAUUGGAUCUUGGUGAAGGAAACAAUUAUCUUGUUCUAAGCUGUAAUCUCUCACUGUUUUUAUACACAAUAUAUAUGAAUAUACAUGCUGGUUUGAUUCAA